CUAUAAGUUAUGAAGAAUUUGUGUGGGCGGGAAUGCAAAUUGAAGUGAAGCAAAGAGAAUCUUGGUAAGGAGGGCCCAGAAAUGGGGCCUUCAACACAACCAAAAAAACAAAAACUACUAUUAGUCAAAGUAAAGCCUCUCUUUUUGAACUUAGAACAAUUCUUUAACUUAUUAUUAUUACUAGAACUAGAACAACCUCAUCCUUUCUUUAUCAUUGACCGUACGACUACACCCCCACACUCCUUUUCUCAUUAUUAAUAUUAUUAAUUAAUACCAACCUCUCUCAUUUCUUAUACAUUAUCUACUACUUACAAUUCUUCUUACAUGUAAUCUUUCUCCAUAUCUAUGUUUUUUUCCUCUCUCUCUCUCAUUCUAUACAUAUUACCUGUUUCUUGAAUUCAAGUUGAUGAGAUUGAUGGGAAUGAGCAGCAAGAUUAAUCAGAUGAUGACGGCCCCGUUUCCUCGCUGCUUCCACCGCAUCUCCUGCGUGCAUAUCCCGCCGGAGGAUGACACCAAUGGCGCCCGCCGCCGCCCCAAAGCGGCCAUAAUCAAGCUUGUAAAGUCCGACGGCGGGGUCAAGAUCUACGACCGACCCAUCAAAGCUUGGGAGCUAAUGGAGGAGUUCCCGAAGCACAUGGUCUGCCGCUCCGACUGCUUCUACAUCGGCCAGAAAACCCCCGCCCUCUCCCACCACGACCGCCUCCAGCCGGGCCACAACUACUUCCUCCUCCCGGCCAAUUUCUUCCAGUCCGCCCUCUCAUUCACCACCUUCAUCCGGUGCCGAUCCGCUUUCGCGGGGCGGCCGCCGUUCGAGGUGGAGAAAACCCCGUCGGGAAGCCUGAGAAUCAAGGUCACCGAUGAGAUGAUCGUCCAACACCAAGAAGAAGAAGAAGUAGAGGCGGCGGCGGCCCAGAAAAUAAUCAGAGUAUGCAGCACCCCACAGCUUCGGAAAGAGUACGAGCAGCUGGUGGGGCGGCGCCACCACUGGAAACCGAAGCUCGACACCAUCGCAGAAAAGAAGAGCAGCCACCAGAAGAAGAAAACCAGGAAGAAGAAAUCAGCAGCAGCACUGUAACAUACAUGAUUGGAUGUUAAUUGUAGGCAGAUUUUUUAGGGUUCGGAUUCGAUCAAUCCAUACUUCAGUAAUUAUAUACAAGUCAAAAAAAUUUCUCAUCAGCAAUUUUAGUAAAUUAUAUUCUGCAACAA